AUGGCACAGAUGAAGCUCCUCCUAAUUGCAACUCUUCCAGUUUUGAUCUUCCUGCAGUUGAACUUCUUGUUCAAUCACUGGCUCCCAAACAACUACAUCUUUGAUAAAGAUGUGUUGAAAAAGUUGGCAAACGAGUCGAUUGCAAAGCAUCAGGGCAACACCACCGCCAUCAUGUAUGACUUACAGGAGAAAUUGACUGCUGAGUAUGGUUCGGAUGUGAUCAACAAGCUCAACUUCGAUGACUGGCUGCUUAAUAACGCUGGAGGUGCUAUGGGUCAGAUGUUUGUUCUUCACGCAUCAAUUAGCGAGUACUUGAUCUUUUUCGGUACUGCAACGGGCACAGAGGGACACACCGGUGUUCAUUUUGCGGAUGAUUACUUCACCAUCUUGUCCGGCCACCAGUAUGCUGCAUUUCCGGGCCAAUUAGAAAGAUCAACUUAUGCUCCAGGUGAUCAGCAUCAUCUCCCAAAGGGAACUAGAAAGCAGUAUUCCAUGGAUCCGGGAUCUUACGCUUUGGAGUUGGCUCAGGGCUGGAUUCCGGCCAUGCUUCCGUUUGGUUUGAUGGAUCUCUUCUUUUCAACCUUAGAUGCGGAGACCUUAUAUCAGACUGCUUACGUUAGUGCAAAAAACAUGCUCAAGAACUUGAUUCAGGGUAAGUUCUGA